AUGACGUCUACACUCGAGAAGCCGACUGGCGAGUACCGUCAGUACCUGCCUGACUUAAAUAUUGAGCGCUUUCAGGUGAUGUGCACGCAGGACGCGCACGAAUAUGCCCAUGCUUUUAAGACCGGAAAGCAGCCCCCAUGGCUGCAUGCGCUGUAUAUGUAUUGGUUGGAGCUGUUGCAGGAGCCGUUCAAGGGCGUCACCACUGACGGCCAUGUCCGACCCGAUCUUUUCACAUUGCAAGAUGAAGAUAUUCCAAUUCAACAGAUCGUCGACUCUACAGAGUCUUUCCUCGGCCUCUUAGACGACAAGCAAAAGGAAGCCGUCAACUACCACAUCGACUCCCCACAGUGGCGCACAUGGUCCAACCCCGAGUUCCUUCUAGCCCACAAAGGUGUGCGUCUAGACGAAGUAACAGACCAGGUGCGCGACUCAGUGAUGAACAUCUUAAAGACAACACUCUCACCAGAGGGCUACGAGAAGGCCGUCUCAGCCAUGCGCAUCAACCACUUCCUCGGCGAACUAGUCAAGUCUCCCCGCGUGAUGAACGAGUUCUCCUAUAACUUCGUCCUCUUCGGUCGUCCCUCCACCACUCGGCCCUGGGGAUUCUCCUUCUACGGCCACCACCUAUGCCUGAACAUCUUCCUGUACAAGGGCCAGAUCGUCGCGUCUCCCUGGUUCACCGGUGCAGAGCCCAAUGAGAUUGACGAGGGUCCCUACGCAGGAACAAGAAUUAUGCAAGUGGAAGAGAAGCUCGGAUUGGAGCUUAUGCAAUCCCUUUCUGCGGAUUUGCAGGGUAAGGCGCGAGUUUACGAGAAGAUGAAUGAUCCUGCCAUGCCGCCUGGUCGAUGGAACAAGGAUGAUCAGCGCCAUGUGUGUGGAGCUUACCGGGAUAACCGUGAGGUUCCCUACGAGGGUAUCCUGGCCUCGACAUUUAAUGAGGAGCAGAAGAAGCUUAUGUAUGGGAUUUUGGAGCAGUAUCUGCUUUAUUUGCCGGCUAAGUCCCGGGCGUUGAAGUUGGAGCAGGUGCGUCGAUGGGAGGCGGAGACGUACUUCUGUUGGAUUGGAGGAUAUGGCGAUGAGGAUCCGUUUUACUACCGGAUUCAGAACCCUGUUAUCCUUGUUGAGUUUGAUCACCACUCUGGUGUGUUUUUGAAUAAUGAGGAGCCGAAGAAGUUCCAUAUUCAUACUUUGUUGCGCACGCCAAAUGCGGGUGAUUAUGGCCAGGCUUUGAGAGCUCAGGUCCCUGCCAUUGAGGGCUUGAAUGGCAAACACAUUGUUUGGUAG